AUGCCAAGCACAAGCCAAAGCUACGUAGCACUAUCUGUUAAGCCUACAUCAAAUACUCUGCUUCCUACCGCUCUCAUCAAGAUCAAAGACCGCUACGGUAACGCUCUGGUAGCCAGAGCCCUGUUGGACUCUUGUUCGCAACAUUGUCUGAUUACAGAAGAGUUUUCGAGAAAGCUGAAGCUCGAAGAAACACCCACGUUUUUGUCAGUCCAGGGUAUUGGGUCAUCUCAGUCAGUGUCAACGAAAACCAUACGUUCUGAAGUCUGUUCACGUUCGCCAAAAAUAUCUGGUUUCCGAGAAACUAUGCAGUUCUUUGUGUUGCCCAAACUUACGCUGCAGCUACCUUCGUCAUCGUUUCAUCCUUCGCCUAUGUCACUCCCAGAUUCCGCUCUGCUAGCCGAUCCUUACUUCUACGAGUCAAAGCGGAUCGAUGUCGUCAUUGGUGCCGAGUAUUACUCGGAUUUAUUGAAGAAUGAACGAAGAAAAGUCACGAAGAAUGGUCCCAUGCUUCACAACUCUGUUUUUGGUUGGAUUGUGUCAGGUCGAGUGGUCGAAUCUCCGCAAAUCGUUUCACAUACCCCAGUCUGUUCGUCAAGCAACUACAGAAAUAGUUCAAGUGGUUCUAAGAGCUGGAAGAAUGUCACGUUACAAACACCUACUCCAUUGAAGAACCGAUGUCUCUAUGAACCCACAGUCAGAAAUGAAGUGGAACGUUUUAUCGUUGCCCGACCCAAGAAUGAGUCAGAUUUGUAUAUUCCACCAUCGGUCGAAAGUUCGGCAAUUCGUAUCACCCAAGUACACGCAUUCAUCGAGCCAUCGAGCAUAGGCGGAGCGCCAUCCUGUAGGUCCAUUCCAUCACGUGCAUUGGUCAAGGUCGAACUUUUAAUCUCUGGCACGUAA